AUGGGAAAGAUAAUAUUUUACGAAGGCCACAACUUCCAGGGUCGACACUAUGAGUGCAACAGUGACUGUGCUGACACGUUCAGACACUUCAACUGCUGUAACUCUAUCAGGGUGACCGGCGGUCACUGGGUGGCCUACGAGAAGCCCAACUUCAACGGCUACCAGUACAUCCUGAACCAGGGAGAGUACCCUGACCACCACCACUGGAUGGGCUUCAACAACUGCAUCCGUUCCUGCCAGAUGUUCCCCCCCUACAGAGGAGCCUACAGAAUGAGAAUCUACAACAGGCCUGAGAUGUCUGGUCACAUGAUGGAGUUCAUGGACGACUGCCCCAACGUGUACGAGCGUUUCCGCCACCGUGACAUCUUCUCCUCCAACGUCAUGGAAGGCUACUGGGUGUUCUAUGAGCACCCCAACUACAGGGGUCGUCAGUACUUCCUCCGCCCUGGGGAGUACAGGGCCUGCAACGACUGGGCCUGCCACAACCCCAUGGUGGGCUCCUUCAGGAGAAUGAGGAGUGGCCUGUAA